CUGAGUGGCAGGGCCACUACACAUGCCUCUGUUCUUAAAGCUUUCCUGGUUCAGAAUAUCCUUCUCUGUGCUGCCCAACCAACGUGGGCUGAAAUCCCAGAGCUCACGUAACCCUCUGCCUUAGCCUCAGCUCAAUUAACUGAAGCUUGAGGUUUGCGCACCUAUCCUGGUUGAAGGUCACUUCCGCAUGCUGGACAUGGGGCUUAACUGUCGAGUACUUUCCAGAAAUGUCCAAGAUGAAUCUCCAUGGGAGGGGCCAGGGAAUCAAAUCUCCAUGAAACUUCAGUGGUUGAGCAGAGACCCAAAACCCCUCUCCAGCCAUACAGCACUGUAGUGGCUCUUAGGCAUCCUUAAAAAUUUUUUUAUUACAUUUAUUUAUUGUGUAUGUGUAUAGGUGUGGGUUUAUGCAUUGUAGAAGCAAUUGUCUCCUUCUGUCCUGAGUCCUUUAGAGCAAACUCAAGUGUAAGUCUUGGUAGCAGGUGCCUUUGCCCACUAAACCAUCCUACCGGCCCUUCAGUAUUCUUUGUUGUUUCUGUUUUUCCAAGACAGGGAUUCUCUGUGUAGCCUUGGCUAUCCUGGGACUCCCUCAAGACCAGGCUGGCCUUGAAUUCACGGAGAUCCACCUGCCUCUUCCUCCUGAGCUCUGGGAUUAAAGGCAUGUGCCACCAUGCUCAGCUAACUUUAUGACAUGCAUUUAUUUGUAUGUCUUUGUUAUAUACAGACAGCACUUGGCACAGCACAUAAGUAGAUGUCAGAUGACAACUUACUAGUUGGUUCACUCCUUCAUAUGGAUUGGUGAGGUAGAACUUAUGUCAUCAGGUUUGGUGACAAAGGCUUUUACGUGUUAAGACAUCUCAGUGGCCCAAUUUGGCAUCUUUUUUUCCCCUUAAGAUUAUUUUUAUUCAUGUAUACGUUUAUCUGCACCUGUACUUGUGUGUGGUGCCCAAAGAGGCCAGAAGAGGGCAUCGGAUUCCCUUGCAGCUAGAGUGAGAGGUUGUUGUGAGCUGCCAGUGCUGGAAACUGAACUUUUGGAGGAGUAGCAGUGCUCUUAACCACUAAGCCUGUUCAGCAUCCUGUCCUCUAGUGAAUUAGUUUUGUGGAGGCCGGGUGUGUGUGUGUGUGUGUGUGUGUGUGUGUGUGUGUGUGUGUAUGCAUAAGUACGCACAUGGAUAUACACACAACACACACACAGGUAUAAAAGUCAAAAGAACCCAUGUGGGUUCCAGGAAACAAACUUGGAAUUUCAGGCUUGGUGAUAAGCAGCCCUCUGAAGCACUGAGCCAUCUCACUGACCUGAGGCCUGGUUUCUGCCACCACCUCUAAUGUGGUUUUCAAAUGUCAAGUUUAUGGAGGGUCUACAAAGGGGGCACUUCUGUGGCACAGCCUCCAUCUGCUUACCUAGGUAUGGAUUCACCCUCAUUUCCUGGCUACUUGCAUGCUGAGUCAGCUCCUGGUACACUCCUCCUAUUGCCCCCAAAAGUUUAGUCACUGCCCUGUGUUCCUGACAUCCUGGCGGAUCUGCCCUGUGUCUCAGGAAUGAUUAUCAGAGCCUGUGAUUCCAGCUCAUUUGAGCUCUCAGCCUAGAAGUAAGUCUGCCUUGAAAUUCUCUCUUUGGGACUAUCCUGGAGCCAGGUCCACAAGGUCUCCAGAGAGAUCAGCAGAGGCUCGAGACUUCAGGAGUAAGCUGGACAAGCACUUUUGGUUGGAAACAAAAUUGCUACAUUUAUAGGGCACUUAAUUCUGCGUGCAAGGCUUUAAGCAUUUAUAAACACUGACCUCAGCUGGGCAGUGGCAGUGCAUGCCUUUCAUUCAGCAUCUGAGGGGCAGAGAAAGGUGGAUCUCUGUGAGUUUGAGGCCAACCUGGACUACAGAGAAAGUUCCAGGACAGCCAACGCUACAAAAACAAACAAAUAAAAAACAACAAAGAAAAAAAGAAAAUAAAACAAAAAACACUGGUGUUGUAUGUGUGCACAGGCAUUGGUGGUUUGCCUACAUGUAUGUCUGUGUGAGGCUGUUCCAGACAGCUGUGGGUUGUUAGGGAUUGAACUUGGGUCCUCUGGAAGAGGAGCCAGUGCUCUUAAAGGCUGAGCCAUCUCUCUAGCCCCCAAAUACUAAAAAUCCGUAUCCGGAGUUAAAUAAACACCCUUUUAUUCUAAGUAGGAAUAGGAAGACUCUAAAAAGUUUGGUAGCCCACCCUGACCCCUAUCAUCUGGGUGCUCACCUUAGACUCUAGGCUUAAACAUUUGCUGACCAUUACCAAAAGCUAGUGGUGGUAGGGCACACCUUUAAUCCCAUCACUCCAGGAGACAGAGGCAGGUGAAUCUCUUGAGUUUGAGACCACCCUAGUCUAAAAGACAGCCAGGAGUACACAGAGAAACCCUGUCUCAAAACACCCCUCACCCGAAAAAAACAAAACAAAACAACAGAGCUGACCACAAAAGCAUGGGGUCUUGGAAUGCUACAGGAGAGAUUUUGCAGAGAUCAGUAAAGAAAUGGAUAUGAACAUGAACAGAGACAGAGACAGGAGAGCAUCAGCCUUAGAUGUUCAGGAAAUGCUAGCACUCUUUCUGUUGGAAUUGGCCGGGAGCAGAUUGCCCCUGGGGGCUGACUCCAGGGCCUGGAGGAUUAGAGAUGGGGGUGCAGUCUGAGGAGCAAGAGGCACUCCAUCAGUGACUUCCCAGAACUGGGACCCAACCCAUUCAGCUGGUUAAAUCCAGGUGGCCUCAAAGAGAUCUCCCCGCCUUCCACCCCCACAUACCCUCUUCUCCCUGAGGGCCUCUCCCUCAUAAGUGCAGAAUCCAUGGGCCAGACUAUCCUCAUGGGCGGAGAAACGAAGGCUCUUCCCAGUCCAGUAAUAGACCUAGAAGAUUCCAGGAGAUGAUUGUGGCGGCUGUCCUGAGCCCCGGGCCAGCUGAUGUCCAGGUUAGGGCAGCACUGGGGCCCCGAUUCCAGCCUGGAAGGUUGGACUCUGCGUCGACCCCUUUCUGGCUCUUCUGCCACUCACUGGCCUGGACAGUACAAGAUUGGGGAGCCCAGAGGCUGCAGGUGCAGGUAAAGGGUUGGAUGCAAGGCGGUUGGUGGCGAGAGCCGGUGGCGAGGGUGCGGCACGUAGGGAGACGCAGCUCUGGUAGGGUUAAGCUCCCAAGGAGGGGGCUUUUGAGGGCGGGAGGAGGGGGGGUCCCAGUCAGACGGCCGCCCGCUCGGUCUCUGGGCUGCCGCUGUCACCUCCGUGGCCCAGCCCGCACCCGCUCGAGGAGGCGCGGGAGACCUGGCCGCAGCCAAAGCCGCAGCCACAGAGUGGGCAGACAGUAAGUGUGGAGCAGGCGCGGGAAUGUGGGCUGGAUCUCAGGCCCCGGGAUCUGGGAGGCAACCGGCAGGGCGGGACACCUCCCGCGCGUGAAUGCCUUCCUCGAGUGGUGUGACCGUGCGUCCCGUCGCCGGUCACGCUCGGAGGCGUCGGCGUAAGGACGCGGGGGAGGUGGUGGGAGCAAGCGGCUGGCGUGCGGUGUCACGCGGGUCCGGUGUGUGUGUGUGUGUGUGUGUGUGUGUGUGUGUGUGUGUGUGUGUGUAUGUGUGUGCUUACGUGUGCAUGAAUCUCUAGGGUAGCUUGGCACUGCGGGCACGCCCAUGGUGGUCAGUUGUGCCAGGGUCUGCCGGAGCGUGGUGCAGUGCUAUGCCUGCAGCCUGGGCAGCGCGUGGCUAGAACUGCAGGAUGGAAUGUGGCUCAAAGAUCUUUGUGGCACAUGUAGCAGGCUGUGUAUAUAUGUGUGUGCGCGCCUGCCAUCUCCUGCUGCCCCCUAGGUGACAGCUGUCCCGUGGGCUGCUGUUAUCCGUGCUACCCUUCCCACCAUGUACCUCUCUUCUGGGAACCUUUUGCCCACCUUUCCUUUCCCUGGCUCUGGGCCUUGCCUAUAUACUCUGCAGCCAGAUCCGCCUGCCUGCCUGCCUCGGGGUUCCUCGAAAGCCCAGCGGGCAGGUGGGGACCCUGGAAGAUCCCUGCCCCGUUGAUCCCUGCUAGGCUGGAAGGCAGGAGGGGCAGAUGCAUCUGAGGAGGCUGCCACAGCCGCAUUGGGAGAGCCAAGUAUGGACCUGCUAUUCCUGUCUCCAGCUCUGCGGGCUCCAGCCUCUCCUGAUUUCCUCUGGAACUCCCUAGUCUUCCCUUGGUCUUCUCCAAGGCAGGCUCCCUUAUGCUUCACAAGUCCCCCCAUUUUCUCACUCACCCUACCUGGCUUAGGGUCUCCUUCCUUAUUCCAUUCUCCUGAUGGCGAGGCCCUGGAGGUAAGAGGGAGGCUAGGUGUUAGUACCUGGAACCAAAGGAUAUGUGGGGGUUACAUCUAUGGAUUAUAAAGCUGAGGGCUCAAAAAUGUUGGGGAGUCUAAGAUAGAGAAGGAGGGUGUGGAUGUCAGAUCUCUUCUUGACCCCAUAAUCCUUGGUUUGGCCUGCAGUGACCACUGCUCCUCAGGAGCUCCCUGCUCCUCCUUCCCAAGCUGGAAGUGGAGCUGGACCUGCCCCUGGAAGGGCCAUGCGCAGCACCACACUCCUGGCCCUGUUGGCAUUGGUGCUGCUUUACUUGGUAUCUGGGGCUCUGGUGUUCCAGGCUCUGGAGCAGCCUCAUGAGCAGCAGGUUCAGAAGGACCUGGAAGAUGGCCGAGAUCAGUUUCUGAAGGACCAUCCGUGUGUGAGCCAGAAGAACCUGGAGGGGUUCAUCAAGCUCGUGGCUGAAGCCCUGGGAGGGGGCGCAAACCCAGAAACCAGUUGGACCAAUAGCAGCAACCACUCAUCAGCUUGGAACCUGGGCAGCGCCUUCUUUUUCUCGGGGACCAUCAUCACUACCAUCGGCUACGGCAAUAUAGCCUUACACACAGAUGCUGGGCGUCUCUUUUGUAUCUUCUAUGCACUGGUGGGGAUCCCACUGUUCGGGAUGCUGCUGGCUGGAGUCGGGGACCGGCUGGGCUCCUCUCUGCGCCGGGGCAUCGGUCACAUCGAAGCAGUUUUCUUGAAGUGGCAUGUGCCACCAGGGCUGGUGAGAAUGCUGUCUGCGGUGCUCUUCCUGUUGAUUGGCUGCCUGCUCUUUGUCCUCACUCCUACCUUCGUGUUCUCCUACAUGGAGAGCUGGAGCAAGCUGGAAGCCAUCUACUUUGUUAUAGUGACACUCACCACUGUAGGCUUUGGCGAUUAUGUACCAGGCGAUGGCACCGGGCAGAACUCUCCAGCCUACCAGCCGCUGGUGUGGUUCUGGAUCCUGUUUGGCCUAGCCUACUUCGCCUCAGUGCUCACCACUAUCGGCAACUGGUUGCGAGCGGUGUCCCGCCGAACUCGCGCAGAGAUGGGUGGCCUCACGGCGCAGGCUGCUAGCUGGACCGGCACAGUGACAGCACGAGUGACCCAGAGAACUGGACCCAGCGCCCCGCCGCCAGAGAAGGAGCAACCACUCCUGCCCUCUUCUUUGCCUGCACCUCCUGCUGUUGCUGAGCCAGCCCACAGGCCCGGCUCCCCCGCACCCGCAGAGAAGGUCGAGACUCCCCCGCCCACGGCCUCAGCUCUGGAUUACCCCAGUGAGAAUCUGGCCUUCAUCGACGAGUCCUCAGACACGCAGAGUGAGCGUGGCUGUGCCCUGCCUCGUGCGCCUCGGGGUCGCCGCCGCCCCAACCCAACGAAGAAGCCCUCCAGACCCCGGGGUCCUGGGCGUCUUCGAGACAAGGCCGUGCCGGUGUAGGGACAGGAUCUCUGGCCCGCGACCCUACGCCAGGGCUUCGCCCAGGCAUGCUUAGCUUAUUUGACCAAAGAGCCCUCUUUUGUUCCACGGAAUUGCAACCCGGAGAGGAGUCCAAUGGUUGCCAAAUGCCACCGCUCUUCCCUGGCUGGUUCUUCACAUCCAACCAUUUCCAAAGCCCACCAUCCAAGGCUUUCUGUCUUGCUUCCCUGCCGAUUUUGCCCCCACACCUCACGACUGUGCCUCAAAACCUGCAUCAAUAAAACAAAAAGUCUGCACCAA